UUCAGAGUGGCUGCUAAGAAAUACAAGCUUUAUGAAACAUAGCACACAAUCUGUUCUAGCAUAGGAAUAAGACAAACUUUUUUAAAAAAUGUUGUAAAUUGAGUGUGCCAAAUCUUAAACUAGUUCUUGUUAAAUUUAACAUUCUUUAUUUUUAAGAUGGAAAAUAUGGUGCCAGAUUUUUCAGACAGUGAAGAUGAGGGACUAAAAUCAAGUGGCAACAUGUUAAUAAAUUUACUUCCCUUUAUGUCCAUGGUUGAAGAUUCUGAAGAGGCAGAAGAUAUUUCAGAGUUGGAUACUUUGAAUCAUAUUUCGUCUGUCACAGUUUCAACUCCGAUACAGACUAGAAAACUAUCAGUUCAGUAUAAGGCUUCAGGUGUGCAAACAAGUAUUGAUAAAGACAAUCUUGAGGUUGAUUUUACUACGGACAGUCCAUCCAUAUGUGAGAUUUCUGUGAAAAAUGAUUCCGGAUUAAAUGUUGAAGACGAUAUGGAAAUCAUUGAUACAGACGAGGAAGGAAAAGUGGAGAACAGUAUUGCUAUAGAGAAGAAAGAAACAUCUGUAAAGAAAAGCGCCAACGAGAAAGUGGGAAAAUCUGAGGAAAAAGAAGCCAAACAGAUAAACUCAAGACCAUUGAGACCCUGUUUUGUUUGCGAUAAAAAGAUCAAGCAUUCGAAAUUAAAUAGACACAUCACUUUAUGUCAUAAGCAUCAUCCAGAUGUAAAGGAUGCUUUGAACAUGCCUCGAAAAGAAAGACUGAGAGCCUUCGCUAACUUUCGAAAAAUUGGCAUAUAUAAUCAUAAUGUUAAAGAAAUUGAGGAGGGCGGUAGAAAUUUGUUGCGUGAAAAGCAAAACGAUUCAGAUGACCCACUUGUUAUGUGCACCACCUGCAAAGGAUUUUAUGCCAAAACCUUUAAAGCUAGGCACAAGGCAGACUGCUCAAAGAACUCCUGUCAAUUUCCUGUUACAAUUGCUCUGGAUUGUACUAGUGAUGAGUCAUGGAAGCUAUCGGAUGAUCAAUUUAAGCAGAGAAUUUUGAACAUCAUCAGAGACGAUGCCGUUGGUACUCUUGCCAAAUCGGAUCCCGUUAUUUUGAUGGUUGGUCAUCGCCUCUAUGGCAAAAUAAAAAGAAGACUAAACAAAAAGAUGGAAGUUGAACGGUCUGUUCGAAGCGACAUGCGUCGUCUGGCACAUGUUUAUUCCAGAUUUAAAGAUAGGGUGUUGGAAGUACCAAGAGAUUGUUGUAAUGACAAAAACAAUGCUGGUGACAUGUUUCUGAGGGAAAAUUUUGAGGUGCUGAAAUAUUCUAUUGAAUCCUACACUCAUUCUGAUUUGGAAGUUCAAAAGUCAGGACUUAAGGCAGCCUUGUACUACGUGUUGAAAGACGCCGCCGAAAAACUAAUUGGUUAUUACCUUGGUAAAAAUAAUGAUGUUGAUGCAGAAAAAAUUAAAAACUUUUUGGUAUUGCUGAAAUUACGCAAAGAUGAAAUAUUCGCUGACGCAACGUAUGAUUUAAACAUGAGAAGGAAUGUAAAAACUAAAAAACCUGCACAACUUCCAAACGAAGGCGAUGUCCAACUAAUUCGAGAUUAUGUGAUUGAAAGGAUACGCCACUUAUCAUCAGAUCCAUUUAUCAUCAUGGACAGACAUACGUUUGUUGAACUACGUGAUUGUGCUUGCACUCGUCUUGUGCUGUAUAAUGGCCGAAGAGGUGGAGAACCAUCGCGUCUAACCGUUACGCAGUGGAUUGAAGCUGAAAAGGAUGAAUGGUUAGACAAACAGCGGAUACAGGAUAUUGCAAAAGAAACUAACUUAAGCAGUGGGACAAAGAUCACAUUUCAAUCGGGAAAAGGAGUCAACCAUUUAGUUCCUGUUUUUAUUCCUAAAGAUACUGUUGCUGCAAUGAAGUUGUUGGCUAACGAGCAAGUAAGGAAAGAUGCUGGUGUCCUUGAAGAAAACUCAUACAUAUUUCCCAGUACCCAAGGUUCUGAUAAUCAUUGCUCUGGAUGGCAUAGCUUAGAUAAUGUUUGUGCAAAACUUCCAAUUGCCAACAGAGAAAGAAUUAGUGGUACAAGUAACCGACAUCGCCUUAGUACCUUAAUUGCUGGUUUAGGUCUAUCAGAGUCCGAUAUGAGUUUGGCCUAUGAUCAUUUUGGGCACAGUGAGAGAAUUAACAAAACGAUAUACCAAGCACCAGCUGCUCAUCGACAACUAUUGUCAACUGGGAAACAUCUAUCUGUCCUUGAUAAUGCGCAAAGUAUAAAGAAUGACAAUAACUUCGAGAAAAAGGGUCCUAACUUAGUUGAAGAAAAUGAAAAAAAAUUUAGAGAUGAAAAUGCUGAAAAAGACACAAGUAAAGCGAACACUGUAAAAUUACCGAAUAAAAAGAAAAUGAAGAAAAGUGUACAAGUGGGAGAAAAAAGACAAACUCAUCGAAACGAUACAUUUAAAAAAGAGAAAACUUGCGCACCCACGAGAAAGUAUGCACUUAGAAAAGAAAAGAACGUUUCUCAAAAAACAUCUGAAGAAUCCAAACAUUUUACAAAUGUGAACGAUGAUGAACCUUCUGAAUGGUCUGAAUCAAGUGAAGAUAGCGAACUCGAGAAUUCUGUAAAAUGCACUGGUCAACAAGAAAGAAAAUACAUUCAAUGGUCGUCAGAGCAAGAGGAUAAACUAUACAAAAAAUUUGCAAGACAUAUAAAAAAUAAAAAAAAUGGAUGGCCUUGCUCUGAUGAUCUGAAAAAAUUCGCCAACGAGGAAGGAAUUACUGUUGGAACUGUUCGAAAUAAAAUUAACAAUGAAAGAGGAAAAAUAGCACGACAAGCGGAAGCGAAAAAAAAGAAAAUGAACAUUGUUUAAUUGUGAUAGAGCUUUGGUUUCUUUUAUUUUUAUUAUUUUUACGUUACCAUAAAAGUACAUGUUUAUAAUUAUUUAUUAUGUUUACAAAAGUACAUUUAUAAAAACAUGUACACUAUACAUGUUUUUAUAAAUAAUGUGACAGCUUUUAUCAUCAUCAAAUUUUCUUGAGUAUACUCUAAAAAAUUCAAGUCUAAACAACACAUCACUCCGUCACCCCUUAGACGGGGAGAAAGGCAAGAAAAAGUGUUAAAGUCACGAGGAUAAUUUCUAUACAGGUUUCAAUCAUGUUUUAACAAUCAAAAUGUAUGAUCAACGAUAAUUUAAUUCAACUCUCCCCCCUCUCCCAUGAAAAAUAUUUUGAACUGUGUGGUUUUCAUAACUGUAUGUGAUAAGAAAACUGGCUCUCAUAAGUGAAGUAUAUCUUUUAAGGGGAUUAAUUUUCGCGGGUAUUAAGUUUCGCGGUUUUUUCGGAGUUUUUCCAAAAACGCGAAAAUACGUCGCCGCGAAAAGUUUAAAUAUCCCUGAUCUGGGAAAUUUCCAAAUCGGCCUGAUACAAAAGACAAUGAUGUAUAACUUUCUCUGGGACAUUUUCCUUUCUCUUCUGUAUGUUGUUUCGAAAUAACUCACCGGAAUAGUUGUUUUUCCAAAUUUGCAUAAUUCGCAAAAAUAAGUUACCGCGAAAUUUUCUUCAACACUAAAUUUGUGAAAAUAAAUUCCCUUUUUUCCCGCCAAAUUCUAGUAAAAAAAAAUUCUGCGAAAAUAAGUCCCCGCGAAAAUUAAUUCCCUGAAGGUAUCUUGUUUACACAGUUAUUUCUCGUUUAUUCGUGAUAUAGUUCGUACAAGGUGAUACAUUUAGGAAGGUUUAAGGCGUUAAACAGAUUAUCAUUUAGCGUACGUUUCUUGAUUUCUCAGUCCUUCCUUACGCAGCCCCAUUAUAUAACUAGUGUCAAAUGAGAAAAAGGAAAAGGAAGUUAAUUUCUGUGGAAUUAGUAAGAUAUAACUGCUUGGUUAUCCAGGUUCGUUUAUUUAAAUUCGAAGAAGCAGCAAAUGAUUAAUCGUUUUUUGUUUUUUUGUUUGCAUAUAAAAAUGUAUGAAAAUACUGAAUUUUAUGUGUUUACCCUUUUUUUUCAUUUUUACCCUUGUUCUGUUGUUUUUAAUAACGCAUAUUAUAGAUUUAGGUGUUCUUCUUUCUUUUUUGAUUUUUGUUAUGUUCAAAGGAGUCUAUUACUACGCAUGUCAUGUGUUUGGAAGUUUCAGGAAUACACUUUUAUUUUGA